UCUCCAGGAGGCAGGCUGAAGAAGCCCUCUGUGUACUCCCGUCCUCUCUCCCAGAUCCUGGUGCUCGCAGGAAGUUACACCUUUUGUUGACUGCCGCGAUUUGCGACACGAAACUGACGAGGAUUGGUGGCGGCAUGAAGCUUUCUUUUUAAAAAAUAAAAAUAAAAAAUACGAAGACUGCGAUACCACUAAGACCAGAUGGCAUGCAGUCCAUGAUUGAACGCUCACUGCAACCGUGGAAGACUUGAGACUUAACUUGGACUUGUGACCAAAGACUUGCAACUUGACUUGGACUUGCAAAAAAUGACGUCUGAAUUUGGCCGCACUGCUGAAUAUGCCCCGGAGCCCAACAUCCAGUGAGGAUGAGAUGGCCCAGAGUUUCUCUGACUACUCCAUGGAAUCUGAGUCUGACAGCUCCAAAGAGGAAACCAUCUAUGAGACCAUAAAGGCCACAUCAGAGCGGCCAACCAGCAAGAUGGAGGACACCCAGAACAAUACGCUGGUCAUCCGGGUGGUCAUCCCUGACCUGCAGCAGACCAAAUGCAUGAGGUUUAACCCCGAUGCCACUGUGUGGGUUGCCAAGCAACGGAUCCUGUGCACACUCAACCAAAGCCUGAAGGAUGUCCUGAACUACGGCCUCUUUCAGCCUGCAAGCAAUGGGCGGGACGGCAAGUUUCUGGAGGAAGAGCGUCUCUUCAGAGAUUACCCCCAGCCAAUCAGCAAAGGGGUGCCUGCAUUAGAGUUUCGCUACAAGAGUAGAGUUUACAAGCAACCAAAUAUAGACGAGAAGCAGAUCGCCAAACUCCACACGAAGGCCAACUUGAGGAAGUUCAUGGAUCAUAUUCAGCAUCACCAGCUAGAUAAACUUACCAAGCUACUGGAACGGGGGCUCGAUCCCAACUACCAUGACCCAGAGACUGGGGAGACGCCACUCACCUUCGCCGCCCACUUGGACAAUGUUGUGGAGAUCAUCAAGGCUUUGAGGAAUGGAGGAGCCCACCUGGACUUCAGGGCCAAAGACGGGAUGACUGCUCUGCACAAAGCUGCCAAGUCCAAGAACCUGGUCGCCUUGACGACCCUGCUGGAGCUGGGUGCCUCCCCUGACUAUAAGGACAGUCGAGGCUUGACAGCACUCUACCACACAGCCAUGGUGGGUGGGGACCCAAACUGCUGCGAGAUGCUCCUCCAGGAACACUCCAGCAUCAGCUGUCAGGACGAGAACGGCUGGCAUGAAGUUCACCAGGCCUGCCGGUAUGGACAUGUCCAGCACCUGGAGCAUCUGCUGUUCUACGGGGCUGAUAUGAGCGCCCAGAAUGCCUCCGGCAAUACAGCCCUGCACAUCUGUGCUCUUUACAACCAGGACAACUGUGCCAGAGUCCUGCUUGUCCGUGGAGCCAACAAGGAGGUCAAGAACUUCAACAACCAGACCCCAUUCCAGGUGGCGAUAAUCGCAGGGAACUUUGAACUGGCUGAACUGAUUAAAAAGCACAAAGAAACCGACAUAGUGCCUUUCCGCGAGGCACCAGCGUACUCUCAGCGGAGGCGCGGUACCCAGAGCACGCUCGCUGCCCCACGUGUGCUGUUGCGCUCGAACAGUGACAACAACCUGAACGUGAACAACCUGCCCCAGGACUGGUCGCCAUCGGUUGCCGCCGCCUUGUCGGCCUCCUCUUCCCACCGCAGCCUCUCGCCUCAACUGCUCCAGCAGAUGCAGAACAACCCCAAUGGCACAGUGAAGACAAUGGGCAGGGGGUCCCGUGCACCCCGCAGCCGAUCGCCCUCCCUCAGCCGCCUGGGGGAGGAGGUCCGGAGACAGCCCCAACAGCGGCAGAUCAGCCCCAGCUCCAGCCGGGAGGGCCACCCUGGUCCGGAGCACCAGGGCCCAAAGCGCAAGCUGUACAGUGCUGUGCCUGGCAGGCACUUCGUGGUGGUCAAGUCCUAUCAGCCCCUAGCAGAAGGAGAAAUCCCCCUCUACAAGAACGACAGGGUGAAAGUCCUGAGCAUUGGCGAAGGGGGCUUCUGGGAAGGCAGCGCCCGAGGUCACAUAGGAUGGUUCCCGGCGGAUUGCGUGGAGGAGCUCCCCAGCAAGCCAAGUGACGAGAGGCCACAAACCAGAACGGACAGAUCAGAGAGGAAGAAGCUCUUCAGACACUACACCGUGGGAUCCUAUGACAGCUUCGAUGCCUCAAGCGACUGCGUUAUUGACGAGAAGACAGUGGUUCUGCAGAAGAAGGACAAUGAGGGAUUCGGGUUUGUGCUGCGAGGGGCCAAGGCCGACACCCCAAUCGAGGAAUUCACCCCCACCCCGGCCUUUCCCGCCCUUCAGUACCUAGAAUCAGUGGACGAGGGUGGGGUCGCCUGGCAGGCUGGGCUUCGAACAGGAGACUUCCUCAUUGAGGUCAACCAGGACAAUGUGGUGAAAGUCGGCCACAGGCAGGUUGUCAACAUGAUCAGGCAGGGGGGCAACCACCUGGUUAUAAAAGUGGUAACGGUGAGCCGGAAUCUGGACCCAGAGGACACGGCUCGGAAAAAAGCACCUCCACCUCCAAAGAGGGCACCGACCACUGCCUUGUCCAUGCGCUCUAAGUCAAUGACCUCUGAACUCGAGGAGCUAGUGGACAAAGCCACCUUGAGGAAAAAGAAGGGUGAUGCUAAGCCUUCAAAUAUUGAGGGUCUGAAGAAGAGGAUUGUUUUUCAAGUCACACUAAACAAAGUGGAUGAAAUGCCUUCCCAGAAACCCACACGGGAAAAUGUGUCUGUUGACAUGAGGGUUGCCACCAUCAAGCCGCGACCAUCCAGCAGGUGUUUUGCCACAACCACUGACAUGGAUUCUGUGUACGAUUGCCAGGGUGUGGCCGCCAUACCCCCAACAGUGCCAGGGAGUUCGAGAGGCUCCUACCUGGGUGUGCCAAAGGGUACGAUGAGAAGGCAAAAGUCAAUAGGAAUCACUGAAGAGGAGAAGCAGUUCCUUACACCUCCUUUGCUGAAAUUUACCAGGAGCCUUUCUAUGCCUGACACAUCAGAGGAUAUUCCCCCUCCACCAGCGAUCUCUCCUCCCUCUCCCCCUUACAACACCCCCAAAUCACCCACAGCAAGAGGCUAUGGCACUGUCCGACAAGGUUUCAACCAGAACUCUGCAGCUAAAGGGCCUGUCUCUAAUAGGGGGGAUGCUAAUGUGGGCACAAUCCGCCGGGACAAAGGAAUGUACUAUCGACAGAAUUCGGAGCAGUACGAGGCAGAGGACUACAAGCAGAAUGCCUCAUCUCAACAGAACUUUCGUAACCGUAGGGCCCAUGUGCCUGAAAACCCAUACUCAGAAGUGGGAAAGCUGAGCAACAAGGCACUGUAUGUGCCCGCCAAGCCAGCAAGGAGAAAGGGUAUGCUGGUGAAACAGCCCAAUGUGGAGGACAGCCCCGAAAAGACGUGUUCCAUCCCCAUUCCCACCAUCAUUGUGAAGGAGCCCUCCACCAGCAGUAGUGGCAAGAGCAGCCAAGGCAGCAGCAUGGAGAUAGAAACCUCCACACCAGAUCACCCAGGUCAGCUGCGGCCCGAGGAUGGCCUAAACCUCAGCAACCCAUUUGCAGCGGCCAUUGCUGGUGCAGUACGGGAUCGGGAGAAGAGGUUAGAAGCCCACAGGAACUCUCCGGCUUUCCUUUCCACUGAUAUGGGUGAUGAGGAUCCGGUGCCCACCCCUACCCCCCGCCUCCGGCAGUCAAAAUCCAUUGAUGAGGGCAUGUUCAGCAACGACGAGCGGCUGCGUAAAUUGAUGGCUCCUCCUUCCUCGCUCUUGGUUAUUCCUCAGGGAGGUGGCAACGUGACUGAUUUCAACACUCCUGAGCCCACCUUAGUGAGGGAGCCUCUCAGCACGCGGACAGGAAACAGUCCCAACCUUGACAGUCCUGUCAGCUUGCCUACAAGCAAAACAUACAAUACUAAUGGUGGAAACUAUGUGCAUCCUGUUACGGGCAAGGCACUGGACCCCAACUCCCCCCUGGCUCUCGCAUUAGCUGCCAGAGACCGGGCCAUGAAAGAACAGGUUCAGCCACCAACCCAAAAGAAUGAGUCCCCCAAACCCGACCUCAAUAAGCCUCUUUUUAUCGACACCAAAAUGCGCUCCAACAUGGAACCCAGUUUUGCUACGACUGCCACCAUGGGGCGGCCAGGCCAGCGUGGGGGCCUAAGAAGGCAGAUGACAGAAGCCAAGUAUGAGUCUGACUCAGCCAAAGAAGAGAAGAAACAGGAGGAAAAGAAAAAUAUGCUAAUAGACAUUGUAGACACCUCUCAGCAGAAGUCUGCUGGCCUCCUAAUGGUGCACACUGUGGAUGGGACCAAGACUGAAGAGAACAGCAUAGUCAAAGGUGGAGAAAGGGAGGAACCUACUGUCCCUGACAGUGCCCCCACUGAGCUGCGAGACCCUAACCAGCCAGCCCCCAAUCAGAUGGCGACCCUUACCAGUCCUCAAGCGCCCAAUGCCAAGCCUGCUGGCCCCCACGGCAAGACUAUCAUCACCAUCAGCUCAGUGGAUGAGCCUGUAAAGUUACCCUUCCGCAUCCCCCCUCCACCCUUAGCCUCUGUAGACAUUGAUGAAGAAUUUGUGUUCUCAGAGCCCUUACCACCUCCACUUGAGUUUGCCAACAGUUUCGAUAUCCCAGAGGACCAGGCAGGCGCCAUUGCUGAGCUGCUGAAGCAAAGGAAAAAUGGAACAGGGGGGUCCUCCCUUGCUCCUUAUCAUGCCCAUAUAGCACCUUCACUGAUGGCCAAUGCAGAACUCAAGAAACCGAUGGGGCUGUCAAACUGCAUGCCUCCCAAUUACCCACCACCACCACCUGAGAACUUUGAGCCCAUUACUGACUCGGGAAUUGAGGAAGUAGACAGCAGGAGUAGUGGUGACCCACAUCUGGAGACAACCAGCACUAUCUCAACCGUGUCCAGCAUUUCCACCCUGUCCUCAGAGGGUGGAGAGAACCUAGACACUUGUACGGUCUAUGCAGAUGGGCAAGCAUUUCUGGUCGACAGGCCCCCCGUCCCACCCAAGCCAAAAAUGAAGCCUAUCAUCAACAAAAGCAAUGCACUUUACAAGGAUGCUUUAAUUGAAGAGAGCCUUGAAACAUUUGGGAUGCCUCCUGCCCCACCACCACCAGGGGGUGCCCAGUCUGACCCUCCUAAAACCCCAACACAAAGGACAUCAAAACUCUGGGGUGAUCCUCCAGAACUUAAGAGUCCACCUACCCCAGAUCCCAAGGCCAAUGUGAUUAGUGAACUGAAUUCAGUUCUGCAGCAGAUGAACAGAGAACGGACACCCAAGCCAGGGGAAGCCCUUGAUUCUCCAACAGGACCCAAAACUAACUUUGGAACAAGGGGUACAGAGAGUGCAGCCCCAGCCUCAGGUACACAGCGGAACACCAUGGUCACCUUCGCCGUCCGGCCUGGCACCGGCCAGCCUGCCCCCUCCCCGGGCCGGCAACCAGAGAGCAUGCCGACCCAGCACCGUUCCCCCAGCCCCGUCAUGUCUCCACCGGACUCAGGCUCCGGCCGCGCCUCCUCACUGCCAGCCUCUGCCUCCUCACCCACCCUGACGGACGUGUUCGGCCUGCCCACACCACCCAUCACGGGCGAGCGCUUCAGCCUGGGCUCAGGUCGCAGCCGCUCACCCUCCCCGCUGACUCUCAUCCAAGCCGUCUCCAACAAGCCUUUCGCCACCAAGCCAGUUGUCCUGUGGACCAAGCAUGAUGUAGCAGAUUGGCUGGAGAGCCUCAACUUGGCUGAGCACAAGGACGCCUUUAUGGACAAUGAGAUUGAGGGGACCCAUUUACCGAACCUCCAGAAAGAAGACCUCAUAGACUUAGGGGUGACUCGAGUUGGCCAUCGAAUGAAUAUAGAAAGAGCAUUGAAACUCCUAUUAGAUAGAUAAGAGAGGGUGACCUUUCUUGAAAGGACUGCUCUCUUCGUUCAUUUUUUCUUUUUUUUUCCAACUUCUAUCAAGUCUGUAAUUAUAUUCCCAUUGUGCUCUCGUCUGAGAAUAGGAAUCAUCACAUCCUAAAGAACUGCAUUUUUGAAAUAACCCAAGCAGUUCCUCAAUAAGCACAAGAGUUCUCUUGAUUCUGAGUGAUCAGCACGUGGCCCGGCCUCCGGCCCGGGUCGCGAGCCCCUGGAGCCGGGAAGGCCGCUUCUUUUUAGUGACAAACCUGUAAUAGAGACUAAUCGCUUUGGAAUAUAAGGACUUUUUAAAUCAGCUUCAUUUGGAUGCACCCAAACCAGCAGAGCUGGGAUUUCAUUUUCUAUCUUUGCUAGAAUUUCUUCAGAGAAUAUUUCUUCAGAAAAAGGGGUUAUAUUGAUUGAUGCAUCAGCUGUGUAGAAAAAAACCGUCUUGCUUCUCAUGCAUUUCUCUGGAAAGAAGAUAGUUGAAGUAUUUGCUCAGUUGUCGUCAUCAUUUCUUUCAGAGCACAUGUGCAGUCCCAGAAUUGAUGUUUCUACUUGAAAAUUAAACCUCCUCUUAAUAUUUUGCACCUAUUUUACACCUAUAGGGGCACAAUUGUAGCAAGCAGUCAUGUUUGUAAGUUGUCAUUUGCUUUCAACUUUUUCUUUUUGGAAAUAUGGUAAAUUUUGAUUUAGUUGAAUUCAGUAUAUCUAUAUGAGUUGUCUGAAAGGUGUAAAAUGUAAAUUAAUCAUUAUUGUCUUCCACGCAAGUGCAGGUGAGUCAGAGUGAAAGCCAAGGGCCGACCCUCUCUUAUUUCAGAAUUCCCCCAGCCCAGCCCAACCCUGUCCUGUCCUGUCCUGCCCCCACCCCACAUCCACAAAAGAACGUGCCAGAUUACCGAAGAGAGCAGUGUUCCUCUUGAUUCAGCAACAUUCUUUCAGCCAUUGAUUCCUUUAGUUUGGUCUGAUCUUUAACAGUAGGUCUUUUAGUCCUCGAUGGAGGCAUUAUCUGAAGAGACUAUUUCUAUGUUAAUCCUUAGCUCUGAACUGUUGCUCUGUGUUAGCGGUUUUUAGAGAGAAAAAGUUCUAAGAUGAACACUUAUCAAGGCUCGGAAAACACAUAUUUUAGCACUGCAUUUGGGAAGUGCAAGAACCAAUCCUGCAUUUUUUUUUUCUUUUCUUUUUCUAAAAUCUGGAAGAGAAGCAACAUACUGAUACUGUGCUGUAUGGCUGCAGUGUGUGAAUUGUUUAGAGAUGUUUUGCUGCUAUAAUAACAUUUAAAGUUACAUAAAUAUGUGUACAUAUACAGAGAACACUAUGUGUAUGUAUUAAUUCGAAUCGGGAAAAUUAGUAUUUGUUUUUUGGGGGGGGAUAGUGACACAGGAAGCAGGUGGACAGUUGUCUUCUCAUUGUUGCAUUGCUGUUAGGUGUGCGCCUGAAGUUUCACGCAGGAAGGCCCUUGUACCUGACCUCCAGGGAUGAAGAGGGGAAACCAUCUUUUCAUCUCAGGGUGUGGCAAGUUGCGAAGGUCCCAGUGGCUUUUGAUUGGCUGUCACCUACCUUCAUUCUUUUUCACCCAUGACAGGUUUGUUAUUUUUUAACUUAAGCGGGAUGGAUAUAUUGGAAGCUUGUUUUAUUUUCUGUAUUGGUUUGGUAAAGCAAAAGGUCAGAACAUUUGUUUAAUAUGAAGAAUUACCAGAUGUCUGUAAUCUGCUACAAAGAACAGCUGUAAACGCAUGUAUUAGAGAAUGUAGACCAGUUGCUUUUUAAACCAAUGUUAAACUUACAAGGAGCAGGUGGUACUGAACUUUAAUGGAUUCUUAAUAAAUGAGAGUUAAGAUAUGUUUAUUCUCAUUUACUGGAAGGGUGUAGUUUUGACAUUGCACAGUUCUUGAGUGUUUUGAGAACUGUUUUCAUACAGUCAUCCAUCUUUCAACCACUUGUCUUGGACAGGGUUGCAGGGAGAAGUGUUUUCAGAAAACCAGAAAUAUUAUAAAUUACAAAAGAGGAACAAAAGGUUUUAUUAAAACGUAUUAAUCUGUUGUGGAACCAACUCCAGAGCACAAUAAAGCAGGUCCAAAAACUGUUGCCAUCAGAACUGUUCUUUGAAAGCAAAUGAGGGUGAAAGUGUCUGUGUUUAAUUUUCCAAAUCAGUGCCAACAGGAGUGUCUGCUGGGACUCCUUUGAUGGGGGUCUGUACCCAGUGAAUGGUGGUGGUGGGGGGGGCUAUUUUUGUGCAGUUUACGGUAUUUCUGCCCCCUCCGUGACAGGACUGAACUGUUGACGUUAAUAUGCCUGAGCUGUAUGAAUGGAUAAGGUAGAUAUAUAUAUAUAUAUAUAUAUACAUAAAAAUAUAUACACAUAAAAAAUAAUUAUUCAAGAAAUUAAGGUAAUACAGACCUCCUUUAAGAUGACUUAUAGGAGCUAAGCUGCUAAUUCUAUCAUUUUUAAAUAGAUAUUAUUUUAAAACAGAGCUUCAGAGAAAAGCACAGUAUUUUUCAUGAUUUAUAUAGAAUUAUAUGAAAUUUUAUAAACUACAUAAAGUAUGGUUUGUCAAAAAUUUAUCAGAUUUAUGAAUUACCAGUUAAGAAGCAAUAUUUAUAUGAAAUGGAUCUGCAAGACUAUUUUCAAAGUUGCAGAUCCUCUCAUAUAAUAUCAAAAAUUUGACCUAUUUUAAUUUUGAGGAAAAGAAGUGUAAUGCCCAUAUCCACUUGAGAAAUUGACACUUAGAAAUAAGAUCAGAUGGUCACCUGCCUCUGUUACAUAUUGUAAUUACAUUUUGAAAAUGCUUAGUUUGUGUAUAAUGUGUGUAUAAAUUACCAAAAUCUCACAGGCUGUAAAUUUAUAUAUAACCUCUUAGGCCACUUUAUAGCAAACGGUCUGAGCACACUUGUUACGGUAACAUAUAUUUAAAUAAAAAUGACUAGAUGUGACUGUUGACACAUUGAUUUUAUGGAACUACAUAUCACUAAGCUAAUACAUUUGUGGAACUAACAUUAGAGCUAACUAGUGGAGUUUUUAAAAAGAAAAAAGGAAAAAAAAAAAUGCUAAAGGCAUCACCCUGUGGAUUAGGCUUUGUUGCCAGCUGUGGGCGAACCACCACCAGUCCAGUCUCAAAUCGAUUUCCUCUUAGAGAUCAGCUCCAAUUUGGUUUCCUCUUUCUUUUCCUUUAUAAUUCUUCAUAGAUAUUAAGGUGUUUCUCGCUCUACUUUGUGUAAAAACUUGUGUUCAUGAUAUCUAUGUUGCUGUAAUUUUGUGCUACAAAAUCCUCUUCUUUAGAGUUAAUUAUUGAAAUAAAAGAGAGACGUUCAUGUUAAAAUGCACUUUCCCCAAAAUCCUCAAUACUCUUGUAUGGCAACCAAAAUUUACUGUAAGAAAUAAAUAUAAUAUUGCACUA